GCCGACCUGCAUCUGCCGCCGAUCAAGGUGAUGAUCCGCAAGGACGGCCGCUGCAGCAGACAGGAGCAGGAUUUCUACCAGAGCCUGUACAUGCAGUCGCGCGUCAGGUUCGACACAUACGUCGAGAGCGGCACCAUCUUGCACAAUUAUGCCCACAUCUUUGACCUCCUGACGUCCUUGCGCCGUGCCGUGGACCACCCGUACCUGAUUGUACACGGUGUGGUGGCCCGCGCCGCGCCGCCGCCCGCGGCGGAGGACGGCACCGCUCGCCCCCAGGCCGCGCUCCACGACAUCUGCGGCCUGUGCCAGGACGACAUCGCGGAGGAUCCCGUCCUCCGGAGGUGGCCCAGUGUGGGCACGCGUUCCACCUCGACUGCAUCAAGGCAUACGUCGUGGACGCCCCGGCCUUGCCGUCUGGCGGCGUGGGCUGCCCGGUCUGCUUCACGAAGCUGA